GUCGCCAAGAAUCUGCCUCGAAUUAUAAUACGAUCAGCCACAUCUGCGCACACGAGCACGAACCACCGUCUCAUUACUUGGCCACCGUCUCCAGCUGGUUCCCACUGCACGGCCGCGGGGGAGCGGCGUGUUGCCGGUGCCGAGAAUGUGUCGCUCUUGGUCGGCGCAGAGUGCCAGGCUCGGCCCCGGCAGUGCAGGCCGCGGCUGCUCUGUAGUUAAGCGGGUUAGCCGGCUAACUACCGCCUUCAGUCCGGGGGCCUUGUAGUCCACCGUACAUGGCACCUUUUUGUAUUUUUUUAUAUCUAAUCGCACGACACACUGAGAGAAAAACGCCAUCCAGAGUUAAGACUCCCCUAUAAUCCCGUCCUUGUCGUUGGCACUUCACCGGCAUCGACCAGAGUAACUUUGUUUUACAGCAGUAGCGCUCAACGACAAGCUGUAUUGAAAUUUGCCUGCCGACAGCAGGACAUUAACGACAUUAGUGUUCCUGACAGGGGUAUCACUGAUAGUUAUUUACGUACAAAGUAUUAACUUCAACGGCUUCAGAAAGUUACUGCCCAGCGAAAUAUCUUGGCGAAUUAACCCCGGGUCUGUCUUGAAAGUGGGGAUUACUUGAAGGCCCCGCCCCUGUGCCUUGUACCCCGCCCUCCGCGUUAUAGGAUGUCCCGCAGCCCUGAGCUGAAAGACGAUGCUAUGGAGUGCCCUCUCUGCAUGGAGCCGCUGGAGAUCGAUGACAUCAACUUCUUCCCCUGCACCUGCGGUUACCAGAUCUGCCGGUUCUGCUGGCACCGGAUCCGCACAGAUGAGAAUGGGCUCUGCCCCGCCUGUAGGAAGCCCUACCCAGAGGACCCGGCGGUCUACAAGCCUCUCUCACCAGAGGAGAUCCAGCGGAUAAAGAAUGAGAAGAAGCAGAAGCAGAACGAGCGCAAACAGAAGAUGACAGAGAGCCGCAAACACCUGGGAAGCGUGCGCGUGGUGCAGAAGAACCUGGUGUUUGUGGUGGGGCUGUCGCAGAGGCUGGCUGAGCUGGAGGUUCUAAAGAGGCCAGAAUAUUUCGGGAAAUUCGGAAAAAUUCACAAAGUGGUAAUCAACAACAGCACGUCUUACGCAGGUUCCCAGGGUCCUAGUGCAAGUGCUUACGUCACAUACCUUCGGUCUGAAGAUGCCCUCAGAGCUAUACAGUGUGUGAACAAUGUGGUCGUGGAUGGCAGAACACUUAAAGCCUCUCUAGGUACGACAAAGUACUGCAGUUACUUCCUGAAGAGUAUGCAGUGUCCGAAGGCGGACUGCAUGUACCUCCAUGAGCUGGGGGACGAGGCGGCCAGUUUCACGAAGGAGGAGAUGCAGGCAGGAAAGCACCAGGAGUACGAACAGAAGCUUCUGCAAGAGCUCUACAAAUCGAACCCCAACUUCCUGCAAAGCUCAGCCGGGGCAGGCGAGAAGUCAAAGGGCAAGUCCAGUUCAGCACAAAGUGGCGCCCCCCUGCUGACCACCCCUGUCAACCUUACCAGACCCAACAGUAGCAGCAAAGAGGCGUGGCCGUGGCUGCAGGGCUCGGGCAAAAUAGCCAAUGGGCUGGGUGAGCACCACAAGACUCCGCCCCUAUUGGACGGCCCCGACUCAGAGCACAUGACUGGCAACGGGCUAGACUCGGACCUGGGGCCAAGCCAAGGGGCCAUGCCCUCCCCUUAUUCACACUGCGAACCUGCCAGUCCCAGCGAAAAAACACCACAGACCAUUAGUAUAGGGAACGGGGAAAGUAUACAAAACCACGGUACUGAGUCCCCCUCGCCUCCUCCGGGCCUGACUAAGCCUGGACUGGUCGUCCCCAUCAGCAUGUCCACCCUUGCUGCCCGAUCCCCCUUUGAAGGGGCAGCAGCCGAAUCCCAGUCACUUUUCUCGGACAACAGCAACUUCCGGCACCCCAACCCUCUCCCAGGUGGCCACGCCCCCCCUUCCGGCCCUACCCAAGGGCACUCUGAUUGGCCCACAGCACCUGAGCCUCAGAGCCUCUUCACGUCAGAGACCAUCCCAGUGGCAUCGUCCACGGACUGGCAGGCGGCGUUUGGCUUCGGCUCCUCCAAGCAGCCGGAGGACGACCUUGGCUUUGACCCCUUCGACGUCACUCGCAAGGCGCUUGCUGACUUAAUCGAGAAGGAGCUUUCGGUUCAGGACACGUCGCAGUUGUCUCCUGGGGUUCUGCAGGGGACUCUGCGCCGCCCCCAACACGGGCCCCUCCCCCCGCACCUGUCACACCUGCAGCACCGCGCGGUCUUGGCCUCCUGCGGUUUCCCAGGCCAUCCAGCACGUCACCCUUGGCUCGGCUACCCGCCGCACGGGAGCCCGCUAAACCACACGGCCGGCCUCAGCACCAGCAGCUGCUUCAUGGACUUUUUACCAGCGCAGCACAGCACUGGGCUGGGGGGCGUUCCCAUUGCAGAAAAUAGCAAUUCUAUAGAAAAUCUAAAUAUGAAAGAAUGGCAGGAUGGUCUGCGGGCUCUUCUGCCCAACAUCAAUAUCAACUUUGGGGGACUGCAGAAUUCCUCCUCAUCCCUGACCCCCUCCAUCAUUAACCACACAGGGGCUCCAGGUCACACACCUGGCUCAGGGGGCAUGUCACACAGUCUUAGCUGGGACGGAAUGGUCAGAUGGAUGGACCCAGCAAUCAUUACAGGCAUCCCAGCAUCCGCAGCCCACAGUUUGGACUCUCUGCAGGAUGACCCACCUCACUGGCUGAAGUCCCUGCAGACGCUCACUGAGAUGGAGGCAUCCGGCUCCACAACGCCCUCACUGGCCCCCCACAGUAUACCCUUCAGUGCACAGUUCCCAAAUCACAGAGCUGGCUGGGCUGCUACACCCACUGGCCCCUUCCACUCACCCCCACCUGGUUUCCAGACACCAUUCAGACCUCCAGCCCAAACAGCCACAGACCUGCUACAGAGUACUUCCAUGGACCGCCACUAGGGGGGGCAUAACCACACAAUCAGCACAUCACAAAAUUAUUAACACCAUAACAAAUAUUACGUUUUCCUGUUUCUGUUGCUCUGUAUUUUUCAUUGUUUUGUGUUUAUUUUCUUUUGGCUUGUGGCCAUACCAGGCUCUCUCUCUCUCUGCGCCCCCCCCCAGGGUGAGCGCACACUGGUUCGUUCACCAAAACAUCCAAACCUUAACUAGAAACACUGGGUGUGUAGUAAGGAUGGCAGAAGGUUAUUAAAAGAAAAUAACAGAAAAUGUUGAUUUCAGCCUAAUUCAGUUUGAGAAAAGGAGAAAAAAAACUGUUCUCACUAGGGAAACCCCCCCCCUCCCCCGUUCCCAGACGUCACAACACUGGAAGUAUCCAGCCUUUGGGAUUUGGCUAAGGUGCUCCAUGCUGUGCUGUUUUUACCCUGUGAAGGUAAUUAUGAACAGGCAAGCUGCCAGAGGCCUUUUUGGGCCGUAGAGCAGCUAGGCCUAUUCUGCAUGCGGGCAACUCUGCCAGCCUCCACUGCAGCAGGGGGUGCUGUUUCCCCUAAGAGUGACACAGUUAGACCUCUGUAUCAGAGGGCUGUGCACUGAUACACCUGAAGGGCCCUGUAGUAAUGGGAUGCAGACAAAACGUGCAAUUUCGUUUGGGAAACAAGGUGCCACUAUGUGGUAUCCGUGGUAACUGGCCUCUUUGAAGACUUUGCCAUUUUGGGUAGCCGCCCUGUUGCUGUGCAGAUGCGAUGGUAGGAGACCCACUUGAUGAGCUGAGGGGGGAAAAUCCUUUCAGUCAAGUGCAGAAGAAGACAGUUAUUUAGAAUGAGACCAGCCCUGAUGACUCGUCGAUUCUCUGAUGACAUCAUGGGUAGGGGGAAUCCCUGUUGGUACAUUUGACCAGUCAUGAAUGAAAAGUCAUGUUGCUGGAGCGAUACAAAGGAUAUAUACCAGUUUUUUUGUGUGUUGGAUUGGUUGGCUACCUCUAAAAAAAAUAAAAGGAAAUCCUCAAGCUGAAGCAGUUUUUUAGAAGCAGACUAGGGCCUUUGUGGAGACUGGAGGGGAUGCCAUUCUGCUGUGGAGUAUUAGUGUGAGAGCCGCUCCAGCGGGGCUGUCUCCGUUCCCCGCCUUUCUCGCAACGGUCCUUGCCUGCAGUCUGCCAUCUGCUCAGUAUUAAAGACAAUAGAAAAUAAAUUCAAAGCAAGCGAUACAGUUAGCUAUGGGAUAACGCGUUUAAACACCUGUUUAACGACGCUCUAAAUGAUGUGUGCCCUCCCUCCCCAACACAGGUCUGGAAAAACUAAAUAUUAAAUAAAUGCAAACUUGA